UCUGGGCUUUAGCAUAUGCGUGGCAGGCACUAUAUAGGUGAAAGUGAUAUAUAUAUAUAUAUUAUAAAGAUGGGAGAGCAAUUAAAAUUUAUAGUUGAUAAACUCAAUAAACAACCAUUUAAUAAAAGUUUGAACUUGAUCAGUUUUGAUUCUCUACAACCACUUCAACUGCUACAAGUGCUUAAUGAUGUCAUCACUGAUAUUAAUCCACAGCAAGCUUCAGACUUGCGUGAAGAGGAUCCAGAGCAACGUGUUGUUCGAAUGUUAAACUUCUUAAAAAUAAUGAAGUACAAGCCGAAAACAGAAGGUGGUAAUGUGAGUGCCUUUCGGCAAGGAAUUGUACAGGGAGACAAACCAGUAAUAUAUCCAAUUCUUCAAUGGUUGCUGGAACACUCAGAAGAGUUAAAGAAACGUGCUUAUCUUGCUCGCUACUUAGUAAAAUUAGAUAUCCCACAGGACAUGGUACUAGAUAAUGAAGUCAGCGAAACACAUGCAAUGUAUAUUGAUCUGAUAGAGCAGUUUAAAGAACUUCACAAAGAGUCAGGCCAAUUGAAAGAUUCAGGUCUAUCCGCAGCUGAAAUAAAAAAGGAUAUCCUGUCCAUGGAGGACGAACAAGAACAGCUAAGAAAGAGAGUUGAAAGAGUCAAAAAACGGGUCGAUGCUGUCCCUAAUAACGACAAGUUAAUUUUUGCUGCAAGACAGCUGCGAAGGGAACGUGAAAAAGAAGCAAAUCUUGCUAGUCAGUUACAGACACAAAGAAAUCAUAUUAACCAUGCUGAGCAAAAAAUCAACCGUAUGCAGAUCCAGGUGAAAGACCUUCGUGCUGCUGGUAUCGGCAUUACAGCAGAUGGCUUAAUCAAGAGGUUGGAGGAAGAGAAUCAAGUGAAUUCUUUUUUAACCCAAGACAAAAUCCCAAAGGAACUUGAAGGCAAGAAAAAGUAUUUCGAUACACUACAACGUGUUGCUGACGAGCCUGCUAUGGGACAGAACGAAUUAGACGUAUUAAACCGCAAGAUCAAGGAGUUGUCUUCUGAAAUCAACGAACUGGUAGAAAAGAGAAUGGUUCGAAAUGAUCCUAUGGAUGACAAGCUCUCUGUGUUUAGACAGCAAGCUGCUGUUAUUGCAAACAAGAAAAAUUCAGCUGCAGAGGAUUUGCAAGAGACUAUGGAUGAGUUCCAUAAUGCUGAAAGUGAUCUAAAAAGUCGAAAGGAUCAACUUCAAGAUACUGAGGAUGUUCAAAUCUUAAAAGGCGACGAUUUCAAACGUUAUGUUAACAAACUUCGCGGUAAAAGCACAGUUUAUAAGAAGAAGAGACAAGAGCUUUCAGAGCUGCAAGCUGAAGUUGGUGUAUUGAGUCGAACAAACGAGAUCUUGAUUGCGCGCGAUCAACAAACACAAGCCUUUUUAUCGAAUUUGGAAAGUAAGCAUGGCGUAUCCGGAUUCCAUGCUACCCAAGAAGAAUUGGAAAAAGUCUCUGCAAUGAAGAGUGAAUUGGACGAACAAAAAGGCAAAACACUGGAGGAAAUGUCUCAACUGGUUGUCCAAUUAACAAACACGAUAGCCGAGAAAAAAAGUUCGUUAGCUCCCAUAAUUAAAGAAUUGAGACCUUUAAGACAACAGUGUCAGGAGUUAACUGUUGAGUAUGAGGAAAGAAAAGGUAUUUACGACACUACAGCUGCUGGGUUAGAAAGUAACAUGUCUAAAUUAGACCAGGAUGUGAAGGCAUUACGUGAAGAAGUUCUGCAAGAAAAUAGUAGAUACCAUUACAUUCAAGCUAUGAUUGAGAUACUGGAGGUUCAACAGCGACGUAUUGAGAACGAAAUUAAAUUAUACGUGUCUACAGAUGGUGGAAAGAAAUCACUCAGAGAUCAAUACACGCAAAAAAUACAUGAACAGGAGAAUCAAGGCAAAGCUCUUCGUGAACAACAAAAGUACGUGCGUGAAAGUCAUGGACCGAGCAUGCGUCAAAUGAAGAUGUGGAGCGAUUUGUCAGCCAUUUUAAACUGCAAAAAGGAUUUAGUGACGCAAAAAGAAGACGGUGAUAUGAAUGUGCCGGCAUACGAGCAAGAAAACUUUUUGGUUCUUUGAUCUGUAAAGAUGUAUUAUAUCUUUUGUUUUCUUUACGAUCAUGCAAUCUGCUGCUUUGUUCUUGUUUUAAAACAAACCUAAGCUAAGGUGAAAGGUAUUUGCUUCUUAAGCCUGCAAGGACAUGAAAUAAGAACAGUCUGAGACCGGUAUUUGUGCGUUUUUGAUUUCGUCUGUUAACAAGUUUUGCGUGGGCAAAGAGCCUUAAUUUUGAUUCUUCUUCAUUCUAAUAUGAUAUGUGACCUUUUUAUAUUGAACUUUUCAAUAUUACACUUUCUCAAAAUCGAAAUUUAUAAGAAUAUAUAAAUGAUACGAUGUAAAUUUGAAUAUUUUAAUGUUAUUUGUAAAUUAACUGCUGUUUUCUACAAUGUCCCUCUCUAUGUCUGGUUGUAAAAUUCAUGCUUAUUUAAAAUAUCGUUUUUUAUUGAAUUUUAAAUGUGUAUUUUUCCACAA